CCCUUCACAACGACAACUGGCCCUGGUGACAUACAACGUGCGCACUUUGAGGUUGGACGAGAAGCUAAUAGAGCUGGAAGAAGAAAUGAACAAGUUGCGCUGGGACGUUAUUGGUUUAUCGGAGAUCCGAAGAGAGGGGGAGGAUACGAAAACCUUACAGUCCGGCCACUUGUUCUACUACCGGGAGGGAGAACAGAAGUCCCAAGGUGGUGUUGGGUUUAUCGUCCACAAAUCUCUCAUAAACAACAUUGUGGCCAUCGAAAGUGUGUCGAGUAGGGUAGUAUACCUUGUCCUCAAAAUCUCAAAGCGGUAUUCGCUGAAGAUUGUACAGGUAUACGCCCCAUCGACGUCACAUCCAGACGAUGAAGUGGAAGCUACGUAUGAGGACAUUAGUAGGGCCAUACGUAACUCCCAAUCACAUUUUACCGUUGUUAUGGGAGAUUUCAAUGCAAAACUGGGCCGUAGAGGCGAUGAUGAGUUGAAAGCAUGGAAUAGGGGUGUUGUGAUCCUGUUCUUCAAAAAAGGUGACAAAACCUUAUUGAAGAACUACAGGCCCAUAGCUCUGCUGAGCCAUGUCUACAAGCUGUUCUCGAGAGUCAUCACGAAGCGUCUCGAACGCAGGUUUGAUGACUUCCAGCCUACCGAACAAGCCGGUUUCCGAAAAGGCUACAGUACCAUAGACCACAUACAUACGCUGCGGCAGAUUGUACAGAAGACCGAAGAGUACAAUCGGCCAUUAUGCUUAGCGUUUGUGGACUAUGAGAAAGCCUUUCAUUCCGUCGAAACAUGGGCGGUCCUUAGAUCUCUCCAGCGGUGCCGUAUUGACCACCGGCCGCAACUACUUCGCAGCCAGGUGUAA